CGUUUAGGGCAAAAUCUCAGUCUCCCCAUUUCUGAACCCUAACACUAGUGCCUGAAGCAUGAGCGAUCCUGAGCAAUCUUCAACCUCUAACACACGCCGUGUCUGGAGGAAGAAUUUGAUGGGUUUGAGUAGCAAUGCAAGUGAGGGCAAGAAGGCCAAGUUCCAGCACCCUAAAUGCAAGUGUGGCACCUAUGCAGUCAUGCAACAGUCUGGAACAGCCAAGAACCCAGACAGAAUUUUCCUGGGUUGUUCCAACUAUGGUAUGGAGCAACGUCACUGCAACUUUUUUGUUUGGCUGGACGAGCUGAUUGCUAAACGUUCUGGCAAUGAAGAUGACAAUGACAUUCAAGGAAGAAUGAUGUUGAUGGAGAAAAGGUUGGAGCAACUGGAAUUCAAGAUUGAAGAUGAAUAUGAAGCAAAAUCAAAAAAAUGUAGUAAUAGCCAUAGUGUGUUUGUUAUGCUGGCAAUGUUAAUUGUGUUAACAGCAGUUGUGUUUGUAGUGUUUUAGGGUAUAUUGUGUUGCUUUAAGUGAUGCAUGGAUAUCUGUUGAGAUUUGGGUUAAUUUGCUCUGUAAUUGUAGAUUCUAAAUGAAUUGAAUGUGAAUUUUUCUUUGUUAUAA